GUUAAUAUUGGUGCACAAGUUAUUAACGUUUGGGAGAGAAAGAUGGGAGCUAAGGACUUGCAGAAGAAGCUAAAGAAAAAGAAGAAUAAAGAUGGAGACUCCCAAACAAUGAACUCUAACUUUGUUCAAAAUGAGGAAAAUUUUCCCAAGGUAACAAAAGAAAAGAAAAGGAAGAAGAACAAAUUGGAAAUGCAAAAUAGAAGAAGCAAGGAUGAGAUAGAUGAAUGCCAUCUCUCAUAUCAUAAAGAUGAAUCAAGUAAUGGCGAAAAGAAGAAAAGCAAAUCAUCAAAGCCGAAGAGGAAAAAUCACGCACUUGCUGAAAGUGGUGGAGUUAAUCAAUCUAAUGAAAUAGAGGAUGGAAUUGGUGAAGAAAAUACCAUAUCGAGUGAACCUGGUAAUGAGGAGACAAGGAAAUCCAGGAAAAAGAAGAGAAAAAGUGAUAAGAGAGCUGGAAAAGCUGAAGCUGACGGUGUCCCUAAACGACAAAGAGGCAAUUUAAAAGAGGCCGACGAUGUUGUAGAGAAGGAUCGUCCAGUUUCAAUGGCUAAGGAUAAUUUUCCAGUGGAGAGAGAACAAGCUAAAGAAGAAGAGAUUUAUGAACUAUCUUCAGGGGACGAGGAUUACUCCAAAGGAAUGAAAAAAUGGGUUGCUGAUUAUCAUCAGAAUAGGCCAGGGUUAGAAGUGUUGCAACAAAGGAUUGAUGAGUUUAUAACUGACUACGAGGCGAAAAAGGAACAGGAAAAGAAAGAAAAAGAAGCCCUUGCUGCAGAAGAUGGAUGGACCGUUGUUGUACAUCACAAAGGCAGGAAAAAGACUACGGAUUCUGAAACUGGAAUUGCAGUUGGUUCUGUUUCUCAGGCUGCAGUUAUGGAUAAUAUGGCCAAAAAGAAAAAUAAAGACGUGGGAUUAGAUUUCUACCGGUUUCAGAAAAGAGAAGCAAAGAGAAACGAGAUCAUGGUGCUGCAGAGCAAAUUUGAGCAGGAUAAGAAGCGGAUACAACAGUUGAGGGCUGCAAGAAAGUUUCGACCUUACUGAACAAAGAAAAUUUCCGGAACAGAGUUGUAAGCUACAAAAAAUUUCCGGAGGAGAACCGGUUUCGAAAUUAUUAAGUUCAAAUUCUGCUUCUUUAAAGAGAACCAGCUUAACUAACAGCAGAGGUGAUUGAUAAGGUUAUGUGAUACGCGUGAGAUGAGUAUAGAUGAGCUAUUUUUCUUGUAUGUAGUUCCCGUUCCCGUUGUAGUGGGCUAGAUGCAAAAUUUUUGUUACCGAAGCUUAUGCUUUAUGCUGUUAAUGGUAGGAAUUUCACUUACAUCUCAGCCUAGAGUUGGCUGAUUUUCCCCGGGGUCAGGGAAAUAAAAAACUAUUUUAUUUUUUCUACUA